CUCCCCACCAAGCUUCCGCUUGUGAUUAGGGAUGCUGUGACGGUUGCUAAACGACUCGAGAUAUUAUACUUGUGGGUCGACCGUUAUUGUAUCGACCAAACCAAUGAGACAGAACUAGCUGCCCAAAUAAAGCUGAUCAAUCUUAUCUACGGUUGCACGUUGGUUACAAUAUUUGCCGCAGCAGGCGAAGGCCCCGAACACGGUCUCCCAGGCAUCACGAAAGGGAGAGACGAGUACCGACAACCAUGCGCAAAGAUAGGGGACCAGCUCUUCUCAUGGACCAUGCCAAGUGCCCCAGAGCUCGUCGCAAAAUCGAAGUGGAACACCAGAGGUUGGACGUACCAAGAAAUAGUGUUUUCAAAAUCGCAGUUAAUCUUAACGGACGAUCAGGCAUUCUUAGAG